GACCGGAGUAUAAGAGGGUCAGACGGUAGGGGAAAGCUGAAGCUGGAGUCAUGGCUGUCCUGUGGCUGCUGUUCUGUCUUGGCUUUAUCUCUACAGCCUGUGGCUGCGGGGUCCCUGCUAUCCCCCCGGCCGUCACUAUCUACUCCAGGAUCGUGAAUGGAGAGGAUGCAGUGCCUCAUUCCUGGCCCUGGCAGGUCUCUCUGCAGAAUAGCGAGGGUUUUCAUUUCUGCGGUGGAUCUCUAAUCAAUGAGUCGUGGGUGGUGACUGCGGCUCACUGCAGCGUGAGGACAUCCAAUCGAGUAGUCCUGGGAGAGCAUGACCAAUCUUCUGAUUCAGAGCCCAUUCAGAUCAUGAGUGUUGGCAAGGUGUUCAAGCACCCCAUGUUCAAACACCUAAACAACGACAUCCUCCUGAUCAAGCUCUCCUCGCCUGCUCAGCUGAAUGAUCACGUGUCUCCUGUGUGUGCGGCUGAGACCAACGACACCUUCCCUGGUGGUGUGAAGUGUGUGACUACAGGAUGGGGUCUGACCAAGUUUAAUGCUCCUGAUACACCGGCGGUGCUUCAGCAGGCCACCCUACCCCUACUGACCAACGACGACUGCAGGCAUCACUGGGGAUCCCGUAUCACUGAGCAGAUGAUCUGUGCUGGAGCUGCUGGAGCCUCCUCAUGCAUGGGUGACUCUGGUGGUCCUCUGGUGUGUCAGAAGGAUAAUCGCUGGACUCUGGUUGGUAUCGUGUCCUGGGGCAGCGGCACCUGCUCCACCUCCAUGCCCGCAGUGUACACUGUAAGCCCGGAUAAGUUGAUGUACGCCCGUGUUACCCAGCUCCGUGCCUGGAUGGAUCAGACCAUGGCUGAUAAUUAAAAUCACAUGAUGGGUUAUAUUUUUAUAUACAGUGACUUAAGGAAUAAAUAAGCACACUGUCAUCCUGGAUAAGUUUAAGAAUUUAAAUAAAUUAUUUGAGGAAACUGGUUGCCUUUAAGAUUGUUAAGUAAUGUUUACUGAAAACUAGACUUAAUUAAACUUAUUUUAUCUUAUUUUAUGCCUAAUUUUACAAUGUUACUGUAUGCCUGAAUUGUUAAAAAAGU